GCUGAGGAGCCACCAUGGCCCGCCGCGAGCCCUCCAGCCCGGUGGUGCGGCAGAUCGACCAGCAGUUCCUGGUCUGCAGCAUCUGCCUCGACCGCUACCGCAACCCCAAGGUGCUGCCCUGCCUGCACACCUUCUGCGAGAGGUGCCUGCAGAACUACAUCCCGGCCCAGAGCCUGUCCCUGUCGUGCCCUGUGUGCCGCCAGACCUCGAUCCUGCCCGAGCGGGGGGUCCCAGCACUGCCCAACAACUUCUUCAUCACCAACCUGAUGGAGGUGCUGCAGCGGGACCCCGACCCCCGUGGGGCCCCCCCCGCGCCUCUGCCCCCCCUGGGCGCCGCCACCGGGCAGCCCCUCUGCUGCCCCAACCACGAGGAAAGGUGGGGGCUGGGGAGAGUGAUGGAGUUCUACUGCGAGACGUGCGAGACAGCAAUGUGCCGGGAGUGCACGGAGGGGGAGCGGCGGGAGCACCGGGACCACCACACGGUGCCACUGCGGGAUGUGCUGGAGCAGCACAAGGCGGCCCUGCAGCACCAGCUCGAUGCUGUGCGUGCCAGGCUCCCGCAGCUUGCAGCAGCUGUGGGGCUGGUGGCCGAGAUCAGCCGGCAGCUGGGGCAGCGCCGCGCCGAGGCUGAGGCUGAGAUUGGCAGCAGCUUCGAGGAGCUGGAGGCAGCUCUGCGGCAGCGGCGGGAGGUGCUGCUGCGCGACCUGGAAGCCACCUGUGCUGCCAAGCAGCAGGUGCUGGAGGCGCAGCUGGAGGUGCUGCGGCAGGGCCAGGAGAGCAUCCUGAGCAGCUGUGCGUUCACAGAGCAGGCGCUGCACCACGGCUCGGCCACAGAGGUGCUGCUGGUGCAGAAGCAGAUGGGCGAGCGGCUGCGGGAGCUGGCGGCGCGGCCCUUCCCUGAGCACCCGCACGAGAACGCGCAGCUCGAGUUCCACGCCGAGCCCGAGGGGCUGCGCCGCUCCAUCCAGAACCUGGGCUCGCUGCUGACCACCAGCGCCACGGCGCACACCACGGUGGCCACGGGCGAGGGGCUGCGCCAGGCCGUGGUGGGUCAGCCCUGCUCGCUCAGCGUCACCACCAAGGACAAGGACGGGGCGCUGGUGCGCAGCGGCGGCGCCCGCCUGCGCUUCGCCGUGACGGGCCCCGACGGCGCCGCGGCCGAGGCCGAGGUGCAGGACAACCGCAACGGCACCUACGAGCUGGUGUACACACCUCGCGCCGAGGGCGACUUCGUGCUGUCCAUCCUGCUGUACGGGCAGCCCGUGCGCGGCUCCCCCUUCCGCGCCCGCGCCCUGCGCCCCGGCGACGUGCCCCCGUCCCCUGAGGAGGCCAAGCGCCGCGUCAAGUCCCCCGGCGGGGGGCACGUGCGGCAGAAAGCCCUGCGCCGCCCCGCCAGCAUGUACGGCAGCGCCAAGCGCAAGGAGAACCCCAUCGAGGACGAGCUCAUCUUCCGUGUCGGUAGCCGCGGCCGGGAGAAGGGCGAGUUCACAAACCUGCAGGGGAUCUCCACGUCCAGCGCCGGUCGUAUCGUCGUGGCUGACAGCAACAACCAGUGUGUGCAGGUCUUCAGUAAUGAGGGGCAGUUUCGGCUGCGUUUCGGGGUGCGGGGGCGCUCCCCGGGGCAGCUCCAACGCCCCACGGGGGUCUCUGUGGACACCAACGGUGACAUCAUUGUGGCCGACUACGACAACCGCUGGGUCAGCGUGUUCUCCCCUGAGGGCAAGUUCAAGACGAAGCUGGGUGCAGGGCGGCUGAUGGGCCCUAAGGGCGUCGCCGUGGACCGCAACGGGCACAUCAUCGUGGUGGACAACAAGGCGUGCUGCGUCUUCAUCUUCCAGCCCAACGGGAAGCUGGUGGCGCGUUUCGGCUCCCGCGGCACUGCCGAGCGCCAGUUCGCAGGGCCCCACUUUGUGGCUGUCAACAACAAGAAUGAGAUCGUGGUGACUGACUUCCACAACCACUCCGUGAAGGUGUACAACGCAGAGGGCGAGUUCCUGUUCAAGUUUGGGUCACACGGGGAAGGCAAUGGGCAGUUCAACGCGCCCACGGGCGUGGCUGUGGACAGCAACGGCAACAUCAUCGUGGCUGACUGGGGCAACAGUCGCAUCCAGGUGUUUGACAGCGCGGGCUCGUUCCUGUCCUACAUCAACACGGCGGCCGACCCGCUGUACGGGCCGCAGGGGCUGGCGCUCACCUCCGACGGCCACGUGGUCGUGGCUGACUCGGGCAACCACUGCUUCAAGGCCUAUCGCUACCUGCAGUGACGGUCGGACCGCGGGGAUGCCACGGCAGGACGGGCCUGCGGUGCCCCGAGGGACGGCUGCCCCCGGCCUUGUGCCCCCACGCGCUGCCCUGGCUUCAUGUGCACUUUAUCCUGGGGGGUGGCUGGGCCUGGGGGGCGAGGACGGGUCCCACGGGGUGGG